AUGUCUGAACAACUUGAAAUGCCCCGAGUGAAACUCGGAACACAAGGACUUGAGGUAUCAAAGUUAGGCUAUGGUUGUAUGGGGCUUACAGGUAACUACAAUCCUCCAGUUCCUGAGGAUGAGGGAAUUGCGAUAAUCAAAGAGGCAUUUAAUAAAGGCAUUACGUUUUUUGACACAUCCAAUAUUUAUGGUGUGAAUUUUGCCAAUGAAUACUUGGUGGGAAAGGCAUUAAAGCAAUUACCUCGAGAAAAAAUUCAAUUAGCUACAAAGUUUGGUGUAGUUAAAGUUACUCCUUCUGAAGUUAUAGUGAAAGGUUCACCUGAAUAUGCUCGUUCUUCCUGUGAAGACAGUCUAAAACGUCUUGGUGUGGACUAUAUUGAUCUUUACUACAUACAUCGAAUUGAUACAACCGUACCUAUUGAAGAGACCAUGGAAGAACUUAAAAAGUUAGUAGGCGAAGGUAAAAUAAAAUAUAUUGGAUUAUCUGAAGCUAGUCCAGAUACAAUAAAGAGGGCUCAUGCAGUUCAUCCUAUUAGUGCUCUACAAAUGGAAUAUUCCCUUUGGACUCGUGAUAUCGAAGAAGAAAUAAUUCCUCUUUGCAGGGAACUUGGGAUCGGAAUAGUCCCAUACAGUCCAGUAGGCCGAGGGUUUUUUGCUGGGAAGGCCAUAGUGGAAAGCGUGCCUCCAAAUAGUUCAUUGGAAUAUCAUCCAAGGUUUACAGGGCAGAACUUUGAUAAAAAUAAAGACAUCUAUUUUCGUAUAGAGAAGUUAGCUAAAAAGCAUGAAUGCACCCCUGCUCAACUUGCGCUUGCAUGGGUUCUUCAUCAAGGAGAUGAUGUUGUACCUAUACCGGGUACAACCAAAAUGAAAAAUCUCCAUGAAAAUAUUGGUGCCGUGAAAGUAAAGCUUACAAAAGAUGAUUUGAAAGAGGUUUCGGAUGCAGUUCCCAUCAAUGAAGUGGCAGGUUCAAAAACUCCUACUGAAGCUCUUGAACGGGUCUCGUGGAGAUUUGCCAAUACCCCCCUCCCAAAAUGA